AUGGCUGCGAUGGCAAGCACCAACACUUCACCCACCACUGUGGCAGUCAACAUCGUAUUCAUCAAUGCAGCUCCGCACGUCGAUCCGAGCUCACCUCAUGCAGAUGCUGCUGCAUUUGCAAGUGUGCCAAUCUCUAAGCACCACCACCCUCUAGAUGAGUCAUCCAUCAAUGUCAUUGCUGUCACUGAUGGGACUGCCAUUCCAGUGCUGAAGAGAGCUCAGAAGGUUCAGUCCAACAAAGGGAUGAAGAGAGGUUCUCGUAAGGCUCACGUGCAGUCUGCUCAGAUCGAAAACAUCAUGCCCACCACUGUCAAUGCCGAACUGUGA